AGCAGCCAGUGAAGAAUCCAGCCUGCCAAACAAGACUGAGUUUGGGGUCAGGAACCGGUCUGACAAGAGAAUGGCAGUCCUGCACGUAAACUGUCAAUAGGACUGUAUAUUUGAGGAUGAACCUACCAGAACACUGGUUCCAAAGUCGACACACCGAACAAGAGAAUGAAUGUCAAGACAUAUUUCAGGAGAUUGUGAGUGUGACUAAAGAUGUCCGAUAGAGUCGAUAUUGAAGAGAAACCGCCAGCCCCUCCCUUGAGAAUGAACAGUAGUUCCCGAGACUCUACAUCAGUGAAUCACGGCUCCAAACCUCUCCCAAUGGCUCCUGAAGAGAAGAACAAGAAGGUCCGCCUGCGCUCCAUCUUCCCUGGAGGAGACAAGACGAACAAGAAGAAGGAGAAGGAGCGCCCUGAGAUCUCCCUGCCCUCAGACUUUGAGCACACCAUCCAUGUUGGCUUUGAUGCUGUUACAGGGGAGUUCACUGGCAUCCCAGAGCAGUGGGCGCGGCUCCUUCAGACCUCCAACAUCACCAAGCUGGAGCAGAAGAAGAACCCUCAGGCCGUGCUGGACGUGCUCAAGUUCUACGACUCCAAAGAGACUGUCAACAACCAGAAAUACAUGAGCUUCACCCCCGGAGACAAGUCAGCACAGGGAUACAUUGCAGCCAACACUCUGAACCGACUGCUGUCGUCUGGGCCUCCUGUCAGCCUUAGAACCUGCAGUGCAUUAUUUGACAAGGGUGCAAAGACAUCCACAGACCCCCCUAUAGCACCCCCUGUGUCAGAGGAGGAGGAGGAGGAGGAGGAAGAGGAGGAGGACGAUGAUGACGAUGAGCCACCACCCGUCAUCGCACCUCGACCUGAGCACACUAAAUCUAUCUACACCCGCUCUGUCAUCGAGCCCUUGGCGCCUCCCACCCCUGUGAAGGAGGUCACAACCCCGCCAGAGUCCCAGGUCCAGCCGGAGAACACGUCCAGCACUCUGUACCGCCACACCGAUCGGCAGAGGAAGAAGUCCAAGAUGACAGACGAGGAGAUUCUGGAGCGACUUAGAAGCAUUGUGAGUGUGGGGGACCCCAAAAAGAAGUACACACGCUUUGAGAAAAUAGGACAAGGGGCAUCUGGCACUGUGUACACAGCCAUUGACAUUGCUACUGGCCAGGAGGUGGCCAUUAAGCAGAUGAACCUCCAACAGCAGCCUAAGAAGGAGCUGAUCAUCAACGAGAUCCUGGUGAUGAGGGAAAACAAAAACCCCAACAUAGUCAACUACCUGGACAGUUACCUGGUAGGGGAUGAGCUAUGGGUGGUGAUGGAAUACCUGGCUGGAGGUUCACUGACUGACGUGGUGACUGAGACCUGCAUGGACGAGGGCCAGAUCGCUGCAGUCUGCAGAGAAUGUCUGCAGGCUCUGGACUUCCUGCACUCCAACCAGGUGAUCCACAGAGACAUCAAGAGUGACAACAUCCUGCUGGGCAUGGAUGGCUCAGUCAAGCUCACCGACUUUGGGUUCUGUGCCCAGAUCACCCCAGAGCAGAACAAGCGAAGCACCAUGGUGGGCACGCCCUAUUGGAUGGCACCCGAGGUCGUGACCCGUAAGGCCUACGGGCCCAAGGUGGACAUCUGGUCCCUGGGUAUCAUGGCUAUAGAGAUGGUGGAGGGAGAACCUCCCUACCUUAAUGAGAACCCUCUCAGGGCUCUGUACCUAAUCGCCACCAACGGGACUCCAGAGCUGCAGAACCCUGAGCGUCUGACCUCCGUGUUCAGAGACUUCCUCAACCGCUGCCUGGAGAUGGACGUGGACCGCAGAGGCUCAGCCAAGGAGCUCCUCCAGCAUUCAUUCCUGAAGUUAGCCAAGCCUCUGUCCAGCCUGAGCCCUCUGAUUGUAGCAGCCAAGGAGGCCAUAAAAAACAGCAGCCGCUAGAGGGCGCCAUGUGUCCACACACAGAGCUGGACCCUGCUCCAUGGUGUUGUGUGACAGAGAGACAGCACAAGGACAGACCAGUAACCAACCCCCCUGCU